AUGCUGCUGUGGGUACCGCAGGCACUUCUGGUCUUGCUCCUCCCCAUGCUCCUGGCACAGGGAGAAGCCAGGCAGAGGGGAGGCCCUCAGGCCAGCAACACCAGCAGGCCUGCUCUGCUCAGGCUGUCGGAUCACCUCCUGGCCCACUACAGGAAGGGGGUGCGGCCCGUGCUGGACUGGAGGAAGCCUACCACCAUCUCCAUUGAUGUCAUUAUCUACGCCAUCCUCAGUGUGGAUGAGAAGAACCAGGUACUGACCACCUACAUCUGGUACCGGCAGUUCUGGACGGAUGAGUUUCUCCAGUGGAACCCUGAGGAUUUUGACAACAUCACCAAGUUGUCCAUCCCCACAGACAGCAUCUGGGUUCCUGAUAUCCUCAUCAACGAGUUUGUGGACGUGGGGAAGUCACCAAGCAUCCCAUAUGUAUACGUGCAACAUCAGGGCAAGGUCCAGAACUACAAGCCCCUGCAGGUGGUGACAGCCUGUAGCCUGGACAUCUACAACUUCCCCUUCGACGUGCAGAACUGCUCACUGACCUUCACCAGCUGGCUGCACACCAUCCAUGACAUCAACGUCUCCCUGUGGCGCUUGCCAGAAGAAGUGAAGUCGGACAAGAGCGUCUUCAUGAAUCAGGGAGAAUGGGAGUUGCUGGGGGUGCUGACCCAGUUUCGGGAGUUCAGUAUAGAAAGCAGCGACUGUUAUGCAGAAAUGAAGUUCUAUGUGGUCAUCCGCCGGAGACCCCUGUUCUACACGGUUAGUCUGCUGCUGCCCAGUAUCUUGCUUAUGGUCGUGGACAUCGUGGGCUUCUACCUGCCUCCAGACAGUGGUGAGAGAGUGUCCUUCAAGAUCACACUCCUCCUGGGCUACUCAGUUUUCCUCAUCAUUGUGUCUGACACGCUGCCAGCCACAGCCAUUGGCACGCCCCUCAUUGGUAAGGCCUCCCUGCGAGAAGAGAUCAGUCUGGUGAGGACUUGGCCCCCUUCCUGCUCCUCUGUCAGUGUCUGUCUCCCCUGCACAGGAGUCUACUUUGUGGUGUGCAUGGCCCUGCUGGUGAUCAGCCUGGCUGAGACCAUCUUCAUUGUGCGGCUGACGCAUAAGCAAGAUCUCCAGCAGCCAGUGCCUGCCUGGCUGAGGCGCCUGGUCUUGGAGAGAAUGGCUCGGCUGCUUUGCCUAGGGGAACAACCCACUUCCCAAAGGCCCAUAGGCACCUUUCAAGCCACUAAGACUGAAGAUUUCUCAGCCAUGGGAAACCAUUGCAGCCACGUGGGUGGACCUGAGGACUUGGAGAAGACUCUGAAGGGCACAGACGGCCCUCCCCCACCCCCACGGAGGGAGGCCUCACUGGCGGUGCGUGGGCUGCUGCAAGAGCUGUCCUCCAUCCGCCACAUCCUGGAGAAGCGGGAUGACAUCCGAGAGGUGGCCCGGGACUGGCUGCGUGUGGGCUCCGUGCUGGACAGGCUGCUCUUCCGCAUUUACCUGCUGGCAGUGCUGGCCUAUAGCAUCACCUUGGUCACACUCUGGUCCAUCUGGCAUUAUUCUUGAGUAGGGACAGGAUGGUAGGGAGGAGGCUCUGGGCUGGUGAGGAUGAGAAUGGAGGAUUUCUGUUUAGGUCCUUCAUCCUGUUUCUAAUGCCAGUCAACUUAAGCAAUCCUAAACCAGGCUCUGAACACUUAGUGCUCAAGAUCCAAUCUCCCCCCUUCACACCCAGAUGACAAUCAUGGCUUUAAAACAUGUUAUCUUACAUCAAGAGAAACCCAAGCACCCUCUAUCCUUGUUCAUCUAUCUGUCAGGUCUGUUUCCCUUUUGUCAAUCCUUGAAUAAGGCACUUGGAAC